ACCCCUGCCGGCCAUGGUGACUCUGGAGGGCGCGUCCGCCGCGGCCUCGCCUGAGGAGUGGACGGGGCCGGGACCGCCGAGCCCGUCCGCCUCGGGGACCGCCGCCGACUCUUCUGCCCGCACGUCCCCCGCGGGUCCUUCCUUGCCGCCGCCGCCGCCGCUUCCACCCCCGCCGGCCAUCAGCCUGGUCGACGCCGCGCCCUGCGAGGGGGCGGCCGAGAAGUCCUCCGCGCGGCGCCCGGUCCGGCUGCGGAACUUCAACUGGGAGGCCAUUCCGCCGGAGCGCAUCCGCGGGCGCCCCAACCUCUGGACGGCGGCGCGACGGCGCGGCGAAUGGACACCCGAUUGGCGUCUGCUGGAGGAGCUCUUCGGGCAGCGGGCGGAGCCGGCCGGCAGUGGCCUCCGGGCCGUCCCCGCGACGGAGCAGGCCUCCCUUUUGGAUGCCAAGAAAAUCCUGAAUCUGGGAAUCUUCCUCAAGCAAUUCAAGAGGCCAGUUCAAGACAUCGUGGCUGAUAUUCACCAUGGCACUGGAGUCCCUUAUGGGCCGGAGAAGCUGCUGGAGCUCUUUAAGAUGCUUCCUGACAGGAAGGAGGUGGAGAAGCUGGAGUCUUUCCAGGGUGACCGGAGCCGCCUCUCUGAGGCUGAGGUCUUCGCACUGCUUCUCGUCCAAGUGCCCAGCUAUGCCCGUCGCCUAGAGCUCCUCGUGCUGAAGCUGCAGCUGCUCCCCCAGCUCAGCGCCCUCCAGUCAGCCAUCCAGACCCUGACCAAGGCAGCCUUGGAGCUGCUGGAUUGCGAAGAGCUGCACGACCUCAUUCGGCUGGUGCUGAAGAUGGGAAACUAUCUGAAUGAGGGAGGCUAUGCCGGGUCUGCCUGCGGCUUUCAUGUGUCGUCCCUCCUGAGGUUGCCGGACACAAGGGGCAAUCAACCAGGCAUGGACCUCCUGCAUUUUGUGGCCUUGGAGGCUGAGAGGAAGGACCCUAGCCUUCUGCUUUUCCCCCGUAAGCUCCAGCACGCAGCCCCUGCGUCACGGAUCAAUGACCAGGAGGUGGCAGCAGAAUUGCAGAGCCUGGAGCAGAGUCUCUUGGGAGCUCAGGGGGACCUGGAGGGUCUGGGCUUGGAGGGCCAGAUGGGGCCCUUCCUGCAUGUGGCAGAGCUGGAACUCAGGGCCGUGAAAGCUGCCCAGCAAGACCUCCAGCGGGCCACAGCCAGGCUUUCUGACUUCCUCUGCGAAGACCCUGAGGCCUUCUGCUUGCCCGAGUGUUGCGGGACCUUCCACGCCUUUGGGGAGCGUUUCCUCGUGGCCAUUGAGGAGAACCAGACCCGGGAGGCCGCCAUGCACCGAGAGCAGCAGCGGAGGCAGCAGGAGCAGGCGAAGCAGAAGCGGCGCUCCAUUGCCACCUGCUCCUCCCGAGAUCCUGGCCUGCAGGACGUGGACCUGGAUCUGCUUGCCCUCUGGGCUCCUUCCUCUGGCCGCCGCAGCCGCCCCCCGCGAGGUCCUCGCCCCUCUGCAGGGAGCCCCCGGGGACGGGAGAGGCCCCUGCACCUCAACCGGCGCCACACACUCACCAUGCUGCCCCCUUGCUCUGAGCCUCUCGAGGCUGCCCCCAAGCCCCCUCCCCCAGUCCCCCCGAGCCAUAGCAAGAAGCCCGGGUGCUUCGGGCAGAGCCUCAAGGUCUUGCUCAGCACCCACCCAGCUGUGCCUGCCUCCCCCACCUCCGCUCAGGGCCCUCUCUCCCCCAGCACCUUCCGCCUGCCUGCCCUCUUCCAAGUGAAGGGGCCAGAGAGCCCCUCGGCCCCCACCUCCAAGGAGGUCUGUAGCCUUGUGGGAUUCCUACGUCGCCUGAGUGUAGGGGAGAAGCCCCGUAGCCCCUCCUAGUCCGAGGCUGGGUCCCUGGUCUAGCAAAGAGAGCUGUCCCCUGUGCCCCCCCGUCUCUCCUGUUCCCUCCGUAUGGGGGGGCAGACAGGGGGGCUGUUUUAACCUUCCCUUGUUUACCUGCCUUGACUGGUGUUAAGUGACCACUUUGUUUACGCUCAAUAAACCUUUUUCAACUCCC